AUGAGAUCGUCUUCCCAAAUCAUGCUACCGCUAGCGACAACCCCCACUUCUGGUCCGACGACGACGCCGAACCCAUGCUCUAACUAUACAUGUAACAAUGACGGAGAUAACUGCGAGACAGACCCAGAUAACACCCCUCACUGUCAGUGCCCAGGAAAUCUGGACGGAUACCAGCACUGCGAUACUGGAGCCUGCUCUGAUUCUGGCAUAGAAAUAACGACGAGUUCAUCGGGACUGAAUCCUUUCUAUUCUCCUGGAUAUUACGGUCCAAAUUCAACCAAUUUCACUGCACCAACGAAAGAUAUAUUCUGCAGUUGGACGUUGACAACGAGUACGGGAGCAGGAGGUUAUAACGCCACCCAGUCCGACUUCUCAAAACUGGAUCCAGCCACAUCUAAAUUGAUAUUCUACACUCCGAACGGCGCCGUAAUUCAGUAUGUUUUGAGCAGGUUAUAUAACAGUGUGUGA